AACCGGAAUUAAGCCAAUGAGAUUAUGCUUGUUGUCAUAUAGUCUGAUAGUUUUCCGAGGAUCUGAUUUGGUUAUAGUAUACUAUAAGCACACGGAGGUUUGGUGUUUUCUUUAAAUUUUAGAUUCCAUCAAGAUGUAUCAACGCAAUUUGUUGUUCACCUGCAUUUUUACAUUUUUAAGAACAUCUCGCUCAUUUUACUUGCCAGGCUUAGCUCCUGUUAAUUACUGCGAGGAAGGUAAAACAACAGAAACUUGCAAGUCUGAAGUGGAGCUCUUUGUAAAUCGACUUGAUUCUGAUGAAUCGGUCAUACCCUAUGAAUAUCAUCAUUUUGACUUUUGUGUGGCACCUAUUGAUGAUUCUCCAGUGGAAAACUUGGGACAAGUGGUGUUUGGGGAACGGAUAAGACCUUCUCCAUACAAAUUGAACUUUUUAAAAAACCAAAAAUGCACAAAUCUGUGUCAGAAGAUCUACAAAAUGAAAAACAAGCAGGAUAUGAAGAAUUUGAACAUGUUGAAAAAGGGAAUGAUGCAGAACUAUCAACAUCAUUGGAUUGUUGACAACAUGCCAGUGACUUGGUGCUACAACGUAGAGGGAGACCAGAAGUAUUGUUCAACUGGUUUUCCUAUGGGCUGCUAUGUGAAAGCAGAUGGAACUUCCAAAGAUGCAUGUGUCAUUAAUACUGCUUUCAAUCAACCUGAUACAUAUUACCUUUUCAAUCAUGUGGACAUCAUCAUAACUUACCACAGCGGAAGUGGAGAAACCUGGGGUGUGGACUUCGGAGAUAAUGGAGGCCGCAUCAUAUCUGUGAAAGUUAUACCAAAAAGUAUAAAUCAUAAAGGUACAGAAGAAAAAGCAUGUAGUCCUCCUACUGAACCCAUGGGGAUUCCUGGCAAAUUGAAAAGUGAUGACGUUAUAGUUGUAAACUACACUUACUCUGUCACUUAUAAUGAGGAUAACAGUAUCAAAUGGUCGUCUAGAUGGGAUUAUAUCCUGGAAUCUAUGCCACACACAAAUAUUCAGUGGUUCAGUAUUCUGAACUCAUUGGUAAUUGUCCUCUUUCUGACUGGCAUGGUUGCUAUGAUUCUUCUCCGUACUCUACAUAAAGAUAUUGCUCGUUAUAAUCAGAUAGACUCUGGGGAUGAUGCACAAGAAGAGUUUGGAUGGAAGUUGGUUCAUGGUGACGUUUUUCGUCCUCCUAGAAAAGGAAUGUUACUAUCUGUGUUCCUAGGCAGUGGCGUACAAGUUUUCUUCAUGACACUAAUUACUCUCUUUUUUGCCUGUCUUGGGUUCUUGUCUCCAGCUAAUAGAGGAGCUUUAAUGACUUGUGCAAUGGUUUUGUUUGUGUGUUUGGGCACACCAGCUGGUUAUUUUUCUGCAAGAAUUUACAAAAGUUUUUCUGGUGAAAAAUGGAAAUCUAAUGUGUUGUUGACAGCACUUCUCUGUCCAGGUCUGCUGUUUGGUUUAUUUUUCAUCAUGAACUUGAUCCUGUGGGCCAAGGGAAGUUCUGCUGCCAUACCAUUUACCACUUUGCUUGCUUUGCUGGCUCUCUGGUUUGGCAUUUCUCUGCCUCUCACUUUUGUUGGUGCUUAUUUUGGUUUUAAAAAAAGGACUAUUGAACACCCUGUCCGAACAAACCAGAUACCAAGACAAAUUCCUGAACAGUCCAUCUACACCCAGCCUGUGCCAGGAAUUAUUAUGGGGGGUAUCCUUCCGUUCGGAUGCAUCUUCAUUCAGUUGUUUUUCAUUCUGAAUAGUAUUUGGUCCAGCCAGAUGUAUUACAUGUUUGGAUUUUUAUUUCUUGUCUUCAUCAUCCUGAUCAUCACUUGCUCGGAAACAACUGUGUUACUAUGUUAUUUCCAUCUGUGUGCUGAGGUUAGCCAUUUGUUUAUUUGCCAUUCAGGUGUAUUAGUAGGAUAUUUUAUACUGAAAAUUUAGCUAUAAGUGUGACAUUAC